AUGGUGAUUUGCCCGGUACGAAGAGACGCAGUUCAGUUGAACAGUGUAACGAUACCGACCAGUGUCCGGUUCACACGGCGACGCACCGACACGAUGGAGGUCGUCCACGUCUACACGAAGGUCCGCAGCGCGUUCGGCCGCCAGUGCCUCUUCUCGGACCGGCCCGCCGAGCUGCUGGUGGACGUGCUGCCGGACCCGAGCCUCGGGCGGCAGUUCGUCCACAAGAGCCCCCGAGACCAGGCGCUGCAGGCCUGUCCCGACGUGUCCCUGCACCAGGUGAACACGGAGCGCGUGGAGUUCAGCAGCUGUGGGAUGAACCAUGUGGAGGGGGGUUGGCCCAAAGACAUCAACCCUGCGGAGCUGGAACAAACCAUUCGCUUUAGGAAGAAGGUUGAGAAAGACGAGAGCUACAUCCACAGCAUCCUGCACCUGGGCAGCGUCAUGGAGCACUGCAUCAGACAGAACAACGCCGUCGACAUCUAUCAGGAGUACUUGGAGGAGGAGGAGGAGGUGGAGGAAAAUCAGGAGUUGCCAUUCGCCAAGACCAUCAACGUUUUCAGAGAUCCUAAUGAGGUGAAACGUACCGUCACUGGUCUGUCGUGGCAUCCUGACAGCGGCAGAAAGCUGGCGGCCGCGUACUCCUGCCUCGAGUUCCAGAAAACCUCCAAAGACAUGAGCUUGGACUCCUACAUCUGGGAUGUUGAGAACCCGAACGUACCAGAGAUGACUCUGACGCCGGCGUCUCCACUCGUCUGUCUGGACUAUAAUCCCAAAGACCCACACACUCUGUUGGGAGGCAGCUACAAUGGGCAGAUCGGGCACUGGGACACCCGGAGAGGCAGCCAGCCCGUGGAGGUUUCCUCUGUGGAGCAGAGUCACAGAGACCCCGUCUACAAAAUCAUCUGGCUGCAAUCCAAGACCGGGACUGACGCAUUCUCUGCUUCAACGGACGGACAGAUUCUGUGGUGGGACGUUCGCAAGUUGAGCGAGCCAACAGACCGCCUGGUUCUGGACCUGGGCAGGGAGGGAAACCUGGAUCGGGCUUUAGGAGCCAGUUCUCUGGAGUUUGAAGCCACCAUGCCGACUAAGUUCAUGGUGGGGACGGAGCAGGGAGUGGUCGUCUCCUGUAACAGGAAGGCAAAGACCCCGGCCGAGAAGAUCGUUUGUUCAUACGAUGGUCACCACGGACCCAUCUACGCCCUGCAGAGGAACCCCUUCUACCCCAAAAACUUCCUCACCGUGGGCGACUGGACGGCCCGAAUCUGGUCUGAAGACAUCAAAGAAUCAUCCAUCAUGUGGACCAAAUAUCAGAUGUCGUUCCUAACGGACGCCUGCUGGAGUCCAAUCAGACCGUCCGUAUUCUUCACUGUAAAGAUGGACGGCGUGUUGGACGUCUGGGACAUCCUGUUCAAACAGAACGACCCCACACUGAGUCUCAAGGUGUGUGACAAUGCUCUGUACAGCCUUCGCGUUCAGGAUAACGGGCGUUUGGUGGCGUGCGGUUCUCAGCAGGGUGAAGUGACUCUGUUGGAAAUCUGCUCUGGUCUGUCAACUCUCCAGAAGAACGAGAAGAGUCUGCUGGCUGCUAUGUUUGAGCGCGAGACGAAGCGAGAGAAGAUCCUGGAGGCUCGACAGAGAGAGAUGCGUCUGAAGGAAAGGAGUCGAUCGGAGCAGAGUCGAGACGAGGAGGGAGGUCGGGAGGAGGGAGAGGAGAGUCCCGAUCAGCUGAUCAUCAGAGCUGAGAAAGACUUCUUCAGCAUGGUGGAGGCGGAGCUGAAGAAGAGGAGGGAGAAGGAGGACGAGCAAAACCAGGAGAAAGUCGUCAGCAAAGGAAAAGAAGUGAAGGCCGAAGCAGAGACGUGAAAAAAAUGCUUCAUGUGAACGUUGUAAUGAACCAAGUUUUCACUUGUUUGGUUUCAGCCUCGGACGAAACGUUCAGCGACUGAAUUAUGUUCAAUAAAAUGAAUUUCUGUAAAUCAAA